GAACAAUUGAAAGUCCGCCUAAUUUAUUUUUCUUUUGUUACUCGUUAGUAGUUGUGUUAAAUGAUAUUUCAUGCAUUUUUGUUGUUAUUGUUUGCAUUUUAAUAAGAUUGUUGUAAAACCUUCAUAUUAAUUUAAAAUUAUUGUCAUGAAUAAGUUGUGCAUCUCUUUGUUUUCAGACCCUGAUGAUAUCAUGCGUAUUUUUAAUGAGUUGAUGGCCGAGGAAAACUCAUCCGAAUGUGAAAUAGAUGUUGAAGAGAAGCAUAUGGAAGGAGAAGGGCGGAUGGGGCCCUCGCCGACCGAUGAGGACUCGGCCUACGAUUCACCAAAAUCCACUGAAAACUCACUCUCACCCACAACACCCCCAAAGUCCUCAAACAGCAGGUUGAUAAGCUUGGCCUGCGGGCAGUGCGGGAGAACGCUGCGUGACCCGAGGUGCCUGCCGUGCCUCCACUCGUUCUGCCUUCACUGCCUCCAGGUGAAGAACAAGAAAGUUAUCUGUCCCGAGUGCCGCCUCGAAACACCGCUACCCAGCAAUGGUCUAUCUGGUCUUCUUCCGGAUUAUGGGAUCAUCAAUUUCCUUCGAUCGUUGAAAUUGGGAGCGUUCUGCACUAGUUGCAAGAGCGAAACAUUGCAUGCUGUCGCUAAAUGUAUCAACUGUGACUCCCUACUAUGUUCCAAUUGCUUGAUGGCUCACAGUUUCAUGCACUGCUUCUCUGGCCAUCGAGUAAUCGAGUUUCCUAAAUGUCCAGAACUGGGUGAAGGCCCAAAAGAUGACACUGUUAUGUACUGUUUGAUUCAUCCCACCGAAGUAGUCAAAUAUUUCUGUUAUCCAUGCAGCGAGCUCAUGUGCCAGCUUUGCUCUGAUGAGAGCCACUAUGAAUCCAAUCAUAUUAUGGAGGAGUUGCAUUUGAUCGGCAGUGGGGUCAUCAGCCUGAUGGCGGACAAGGUGGCGGAAGGGAAGUGCCAGGCCGAAGACUUCGCUGUCUGCAUCAGGUACAACCAGCAGACGUUGUUUUUUCUCCAGAGCCAAUACCAUGAUAUCCAUAACAAGAUCAAUCAGAUUUAUGAGCAGCAUUCCGCUCUGCUUGCCAAGUACAAGGAACAGCAGCUCACUCUGUUGGACGGAGUCUAUGAACGUAUGAUCUCAGCAUUGAGGAUGAGCACCAAAGUAUCUGAAGAAUCUUAUGAUCGCUUGACCCACCUAACCGACUUCUUCUCGCGUCUCAUCAAGUACGGGAACACUCCUCAAUGCCUCAUGUACAAAAAAAUCCUCGAAACUGAGCUUGCCAAUUUGUCAGCAAUCAAAGCGAAACCUGUCUCAUGUAAUCUCAGAUUGGAAUCAGAAGGUGGUUCAGAUUAUGCAUCUACGCUCAUUAGAACAUUUGGGAGAGUCAUUUAUGAGCUGAAUGGUAUUAAUAAUGAAAAUUAUUUUGUCAAUGAUUGUUGGUCAAAGGUUGAUCAACCUGUGUUCCCGUUUAAGUAUGAAAAGUGGUCCAAUUCCUGCUUUGACGAAUUAAAAGCCAUUUCAGAUCUGAAUAUUUGUGAUAGUAACCAGUCGUUGCGCUCUUUUCAUUUGAAGUCGAACGUGACUCGUAUGACUAUUACCUACAAUUGGAAAUUUGGUUCUUACGGAUCGAUGCAAGGACAGUUCACCGAGCCGAACGGUGUCUGUAUCAAUUCGGAAGGGGAUAUAAUAGUAGCCGAUACUAACAACAAUAGAGUUCAGGUUUUCGACCGAUCCGGAAAGUUCAAAUUCAGUUUUGGAGAUGGGAACAACUGCAGUGACGGUGGCGCCCUCUUGUUUCCGAAUAGAGUUGCCGUGAUGGAGAAAAGUGGUGAUAUUGUUGUUACGGAACGAGCUCCUACUCAUCAGGUGCAGGUUUACAAUCAGUAUGGGCAAUUCAUUCGUAAGUUUGGUGCAAACGUGCUACAGCACCCUCGAGCAGUAGCCGUAGACAAGGAUGGCCAUAUAAUUGUUGUUGAAUGCAAAGUGAUGAGAGUGAUCAUAUUCGAUAUGAUGGGCAACAUAAAGCACAAAUUUACUUGUAACGACACCCUUCACUUUCCCAACGGUGUCGCUGUCAAUGACAAACAGGAAAUAUUCAUAUCAGACAAUCGUACUCAUUGCGUUGUCGUUUACAAUUAUCACGGUAAGCAGUUGAGGACGAUCGGGCACGAAGGCCUAACUAACUACCCGAUCGGAGUGAUGCUGAACAAAGCUGGCCAUGUAAUCGUCGCUGAUAACCAUAACAAUUUCAACUUGACGGUGUUCACUCAGGAAGGGCAGUUCUUGACGGCCGUGGAGAGCAAGGUGAAGCACGCCCAGUGCUACGACGCAGCCAUAUCAUCCGACGGUACUGUUGCACUAACGUCAAAGGAUUACCGUGUCUAUGUUUAUCUCACUUCGUUUUGAACAGAUUAUCUCUACUGACUGAUUCUCGCUUUAAUCCUUUUACACUUUAUAAUCAUUUAUUUUUUUUCUAAUUAUUUUUUUUUUAUUUUUUAAUUCUGAAAUUUUUAAUUGAACAAAAAUGAAACAAAUCAACCACAAAAAAAAAAUUCGGAGCGUAUGAAAGCACUCUGAUAUUCUUGGUCCAACUAGUUGAAACUGAUUUGUAUUAUAUUUUCCUAGGCGGAGAGCUGACAGACAAUGUAUAAUCGAUUAAGAUAUAUAUUUUUUUAAAAGACUUGUUUUGUUUUAAAAAGGAAGACUGAAGGUAAACUAAUUGACUGCAUUGAUCUAGUUUUUGCUAAUUUUGUGAAGGUUCCUUUUUUUUUUUUAUGUUAGUAAAUUAAAAAAUCAAUAAAAAAAAAGUAUUGGUUAAGCUUAUUAUUAUUGUAAUGUUUUUUUUUCUUUGUUCCAGUUAUUACCAAGUUGUUAUAUCAAAAUGUUAGUUUUUGUUGUGUUUUUUUUUUCAUUUUUUUUUUUUACGUGCCAUGCUGCUAGUCAGGCGAGUUGUAUAUAAAUCUUCUCGAUAAUCUUAGUCCUUCUUUGCCAUAGCUAUUAGUUUUGUUUUUCAUUUAAAAAAAAAGAAAAUAAGAAAAAAAUAAUUUUUGUUUCUAUAGUUAAUAAGACAUGUAUUACGUAAGUGUUCUGUACUUUGAAACAAAAUGUUUCGUUUUCAUGGUACUAGAAAGUCCGCUACAAAGUUAAGGAGUAUAUUGUUUUUGUUUUCUGUUGUGUAUUGCUUAUUGAUGUUGAAUACUUAAAUAUAAUAUCAUUAUUAUUAUUAUUAUUAUUACUAUUAAUUAUAUUAAAUGUUUUAUUUACUUUUUUUGUUUUUAUUGUGAUAUUGAAAGUAUUAUUUUUUUGCAGUGAUGUAAUUGUUUAUCUCGACCAAUUUUCAAGUUGUUAUUAUGACUCUUAGAGGAUUUAUUCUUGUAGUUUUGUAGUUGCAAGAUGGAAUCAAUUAUUUAAAUUAAAAAUUUAGAAAAAAAAAAGAAAGAAAAAUAAAACCAAAAAAAAAAAAGUUUAUCAAGCUUAUGAAAAGUGGACUAUUUUUAAUAAACUUAAUUAAAAUUUUAUGUUUACUAUUGACAAAGGAUGUCUUCUGUUGUAACAGAAUUUCCUGAGAUUUGAGAUUUAUUUUGCUUGCAUUUUCCACUUUUCAUUAGAGACUCUCUUGUUGUGUCCUGUCCCCCCUUUUUAGGAUUAAGGAAUUGCCAAUUAUUACUCUUGAUAUAGAUUUCCUGUUAUUUGUUAAAUCAAGUUUUUCUACUGUAUUGUUAAAUUUGAAAAAAAAAAUAAAAAAAAGUUAAUAAAAUAACUACUUGUUAUUAAAAUAAGAUUGUAUUUUGUUUCUACAUUUUAUAUGAUGUUAAUAAAAUCUCUUACCCUU